GUGCUUGACAGGUUUUCUGAAGGGGUAUCAUCAUCAUCAUCAUGGCCCGCGCUGCUUUCCUCCUACUGCCGCUUCUCGCAGCGCUGUGCAUCGCAGAGCCUGCCGUGUACUACAAGGAAGAAUUCUCCGACGGAGAUGGGUGGACGCAGCGCUGGGUAGAAUCAAAGCACAAAUCUGAUUAUGGAAAGUUCAAGUUAAGCGCCGGGAAGUUCUACGGAGACUCAGAAAAGGACAAAGGUCUCCAGACAAGCCAGGAUGCCCGUUUCUAUGCCAUGUCGUCUCGCUUUGAAUCCUUUUCCAACAAGGAUCAGACCCUCGUCAUUCAGUUUUCAGUAAAGCACGAGCAGAACAUUGACUGCGGCGGCGGAUACGUGAAGCUUUUCCCUGCAGACCUGGAACAGACUGAAAUGCACGGAGAAUCCGAAUACAACAUCAUGUUCGGCCCUGACAUUUGUGGCCCCCCCACAAAGAAGGUGCACGUUAUAUUCCAGUACAAGAAGAAGAACCUUCAGAUCAACAAGGAUAUCCGCUGCAAGGAUGAUUCUUUCACCCACUUGUACACGUUGAUUGUGCGCCCAGACAACACCUAUGAAGUAAAGAUCGACAACAGCAAGGUGGAGUCUGGAAGCCUGGAGGAGGACUGGGACUUUCUGCCACCCAAGAAGAUUAAGGAUCCCGAGGCCAAGAAGCCAGACGACUGGGACGAGCGCCCCAAGAUUGACGACCCAGAAGACAAAAAGCCAGAGGACUGGGAAAAGCCUGAACACAUUCCAGACCCUGAUGCUGUGAAGCCUGAAGACUGGGAUGAGGAGAUGGAUGGCGAGUGGGAGCCCCCUGUUAUACAGAACCCAGAUUACAAGGGAGAAUGGAAACCCCGUCAGAUUGAUAACCCAGAUUACAAAGGAAAGUGGAUUCACCCAGAAAUGGAUAACCCAGAAUACACCCCUGACAGCACUCUGUACAGCUACGAGAGCUUCGGAGUGAUCGGCCUGGACUUGUGGCAGGUGAAAUCUGGCACCAUUUUUGACAACUUCCUGAUGACAAAUGAUGAGAAAUAUGCAGAAGAAUAUGGAAACGAAACCUGGGGGGUUACAAAGGAAGCAGAAAAGAAAAUGAAGGAACAGCAGGAUGAGGAGGAUCGCAAGAAACAGGAAGAUGAAGAGAAUAAGCAGAAGGAGGAAGAGCCACAGGAAGAGGAUGAUGAUGAGGAGGAAAAAGAGGAAGAGAAGGAAGAGGAGGAGGAAGAAGAUGAAGAGACACCUCAAAAAGAUGAGCUUUAAAGCCAUGACUGCCGCCCCUAUCUGGCGCUCUCCCCUUCCCUGGGCUUUCAUGUCUUAGAUAGGAGAGGGGAAAUGGGAUCGUUCUGUCUCUAUGAGACUCAAAUUUAUAUAUAUUUUUUACGGUUUUUGUUUUAACCCUUUAAAGGAAGAUAGUCCGUCAAAUCUUCCGUCCCCCUUUCCCCCAUCUCCUCUCUCUCCUCCACCUUUGGUUUAUCCCAACAAGUCUCCGAUCUCGUCUCAUGAUCCCUUCCCUUUCACUGCUGCGGUUAACCCUUUGCCUUCCUCCAGUUGUGCGGCAUUCCCUCCUGCCGCUCAGGAGGCCCAUAGAUCUGUUGCGGCCGGUUCUAACCAGGUUCAUUAGGCCCUGCCAAGCCCAAUUGUUUCUUUCUGUGAUGCAGUAUCAAACAAAUCAGUGUUCAUCUUUUAAAAAAGAAAACCAAAAUGUUUAAAAUAUGGCCGCUCGUGUGUUGAAAGCCCAGCUAGUGUUCUUUAUGUGUUGAGUUGUUGCCUGGUGAGCAAGUGGUGCUUUUAAUUAGCUGCCCAAUGUGGCUACCCCAGCUGGCUAGUGUUUAAAGCUUAACCUAUAGACAGAAAGCCAUUAUGCACUGCAUGUAAACUGGAGGGCUGGCGUUGAAAGGGUGGCUGCAUAUGUCCUUCAUUUACUGCAGUGCUGCAUUUGUUGCUGAUAAACUUGGGUUUGUAUGGGUGAAACAGGUAUAUUUAAUUUCUUACAGCAGUAAAUCCAAGCCUGCGGCCAGCUGAACUACCACUCCCAGCUCUAUGUCUAAUACAAGUAAUUCAAAAAUAAACUGGACUUGCUGAGUAAUUAUUGAAGAUGUUUCACUGCUCCUCAAGCAGCUUCUUCAGUUUACCAUGUUAAACCAGGACCUGGAUGAAUGAAAAUCUUCAUAGUCCUAUUCCCAGCUCUCUGGUUAAUGAAACAGUAGCUGGUGCCUCACAGGCUUCAUAUCUGCCUUAGUGUUUGGGUCCCGUUGCUAAACCUGCAGGGUAUUAUUCUACAGAAUGGCUGCGACCCCUCAAUCUCCAUUCCACUGUUGUAAUCACACAAGUGUUACUCUGCCAGUGUAUUUCCCUUUAGUGUCGAGGGGGGAUUCAUUCCUUUUAUAAAGACCACUGUCCUCCAAUCCCAGUUUGAUUUACGCCUCUAAUUUAUAUUGUGGCAGAGCUCGUCACUGGAGCCUCGAUGGGUUUUUGUUUUGGAAUGUACAGAUGUCAAAUUUCUAAUUAAAUAUGUUUGUGUCCA